UCUCUUCCACUCCUCAUUACGCAACGCAGACAGUGGUCCUAUUUGUUUCUAUAACAUUGUAUUACUUUUUUAUUUUUUUUAUUUUGAAGUAUAAAGAUUAUAAUACAUAGAAUACAUUUGUGGAGUCUUUAAGAACAGAAUAUCCAAGUGAUAAAAAUUGUUUAGCGCGAAAAGAGACUUUACCACAAGCUUGUUGAAGAGACAACUGUCUAACUAUCCAAUGGAGUGCCUGUAAUCCUCCUCAACUCCGUUUCAGCAUUUACCGAGAAUCUCUCUUUCUGUCAGGCUUUUUGUUCCCCUCUUUUUUAUUACCGAAUAUCUCGAGAUGCGGGUGUUCUUAUUCGCUGCGACGGUAUUUUUCGCGCACAAGCUCACCGGGUCCGGUGCCGGCUCCGAGUCCAGCUCCAAAAAGUGUUCCUCCCAGUGCGACGUGAGCGCGUGUCCUAGUCCGACCUGCCCCAGCGGGUAUGUCCCAGACCGGUGCAACUGUUGCCUGGUGUGUUCCCGGGGCGAGGAUGAACUCUGUGGCCGGAGAAACGACCUGCCGUGUGGGGAAGGCUUAGAGUGUAGGUCCCAUAACGCUCCUAACAAAGGCCGGCCGGGGAAGCGGAGCUCCAAACGGAGGCUGUGUCAGUGUAAGAUGGGGUAUAAGGUGUGUGGUAGCGACGGGAAGACGUACGGGAACGUGUGUCGGUUGAAGGCUGCCAGCCGGAAAGCUCUUCAGAAGGAAAGGGAGGCCAUCACCCAGGCACACAAGGGACCCUGUCCAUCAGGUUCUGCUCCUGGCCAUCCCAACAGCCCCAGAUACAAGUUCAACUUCAUAGCUGACGUGGUGGAAAAGAUGGCUCCUGCUGUGGUUCACAUAGAGCUCUUCCUCAGACAUCCUCUAUUUGGUCGUCAUGUCCCUCUGUCUAGUGGUUCUGGGUUCAUCAUCAGCCACUCCGGACUCAUCGUAACCAACGCUCACGUGGUUACCGCUGCUGCCACGGUAACGGGCCGACCGCAGCUCCGCGUGCAGCUCCAUGACGGGGGAGCGUACGAGGCCACGGUCCGGGACGUCGACAGGAAGUCGGAUAUCGCCACCAUCAAAGUCAACCCUCAGAAGAAGCUUCCUGUUCUGUCUCUGGGUCGGUCAUCUGAUCUGAGACCAGGGGAGUUUGUGGUUGCCAUCGGCAGCCCCUUCGCCCUCCAGAACACCGUUACCACGGGGAUUGUGAGCACGGCCCAGAGAGAUGGGAAGGAGCUGGGCAUCAGAGACUCAGACAUAGACUACAUUCAGACUGACGCUAUCAUCAAUUAUGGCAAUUCAGGAGGACCUCUGGUUAACUUGGACGGGGAGGUGAUAGGUAUCAAUACCCUCAAGGUGACAGCAGGAAUCUCCUUCGCCAUUCCUUCAGACCGGAUCAGACGCUUUCUCACUGAGUCACAGCACAACAAACACAGUGCAGGUAACCACAGAAUGCUGAGUGGUCAUUACCGUAUUCCAGAGCCCCAGUCAGAUGCAGGACACACACACACACACACACACACACACACACCUGCAGGAAUGUGA